AAAAUUGCUUAAUGUUUGUAAAAAAUAUGGAUAAUACUUUAUCGUCAUCGUUGAAUGGUGGCGAUUUAGAUUCGACAAGCUCCGGCGGUGCAUCAUCGGAUAAUUCACCCAUAAAUCAUCAUCAUCAUAAUCAGGAUAAUAACAUGCAUUCACCGAUAUCAUAUGGGGCUCUGUUUCUGCCGAAUUCAGGUUAUCGUGGCAACAUCUCCUGCAAAACCGUCUUACACUUAGAUAAAUUCUCCCCCUAUGCGCCGGACAAAGAUUUGGAUCGUCGUUUUCAUGAUAUAACCAGUGACUACGAUAAAUCCCCUCCGCCCACGGCAACCACCAGCCCCGUCUAUGCAAAUUCAAUAAAUAAUAUGAUUUUUGAAAAUGCCAUAGGUUCGGCGGGAGUUCAACAACAACCAUCUGAUCCUUUAAGUAAUUUAAAUCGUGGUUUGAAUGGUUCAGGGGGCCUGCUGUCGAAUAUUACCGGCUCACAUAACAGUGUUGGCAAUAUACAAAUGGAUCGGAAAUUUCUGCAAUUUACCACAGAUCAGAUCCAAUGCAUGUGUGAAGCACUGCAGCAAAAAGGUGAUAUUGAAAAGUUAACCACUUUCCUGUGCAAUUUACCCGCCUCGGAGUUAUUCAAGAAUAAUGAAAGUGUACUGCGCGCACGUGCCAUUGUCGCAUAUCAUCGUGGCCAGUUUCAUGAAGUCUAUAAUUUACUGGAAUCACAUUGUUUUUCGAUAAAAUAUCAUGCGGAUUUACAAAAUUUAUGGUUUAAAGCGCAUUAUAAAGAGGCGGAAAAAGUAAGGGGUCGUCCCCUUGGUGCGGUGGAUAAAUAUCGUUUAAGGAAAAAAUAUCCUUUACCUAAAACAAUAUGGGAUGGUGAAGAGACCGUGUAUUGUUUUAAAGAAAAAUCCCGCAAUGCCUUAAAAGAUUGUUAUUUGACAAAUCGUUACCCGACGCCCGACGAGAAAAAGACAUUGGCCCAAAAGACGGGGUUGACGCUGACACAAGUUUCGAAUUGGUUCAAGAAUCGCCGGCAAAGGGAUCGAACGCCACAACAGAGAUCUGACAUCAUGUCUGUGCUGCCUGUCAAUCAUCAAUUGGAUCCAAACGGGUUUCCACGCAUGUUCAAUGCGCCCAGCUAUUAUCCGGAAACCAUAUUCAAUGGUCAAUAAUAUUAGAAA